UUCAGGGAUGCCAACAACGCUCUCGUAGUGUGAUAAAGUGCAACAUGAAGCUACUUGUGCUGGUUUUUACUAUUGCCACCAAUGUCCUUGAGUCGCAGACUAUCAUCGUGUUGGACAACACAAAACAAUUGCCGUUGAAGAACAUCCCACAAGAAGAACCGACUGUAGCGGAAAGCAAUCAUGAAGAUGUGAAGAUCCAGGGUUUCAGAAGUUCCGUCGUACACAAACCCGGGACAUCAGACGGUCAAACGGGAGGACUCACAGUGCAGGAUCCGCCAAAAGGCUGGCCCUUCAGUGAAAUUAAUGUGAAUUUCAACUCUCACAUGUCAGAAAACGAACCCAAAGUUCAUCCAGAAAUUACUACUUAUGGACCAGAUAAAAGCAGGAUUAGACAAAAACAUCAACCACGUCUAAAACACCAGAACACAAACCAAAACCUUAUUCGGCAACACGAUUUGCAUCAUGUUCGAGACUUAAUCUAUUCAGAGCGACAAAACCUACAUCAGCAUCACGAACAAACAUAUGCACCUGUCACCAUCAGCAACGGAUUCAGUCAAACAUCAAAUUCAAAUGAAUUAAAACAAACACCGCCUUACAUAAUCACCGCAAAUGGACACCAGCAAUCCGGCCUUGUUCCCGAAAACAGCCAUCAGAAUUCCAGAAAAGAACCCACAGAAAUUAUCCCGAAGAUAAUACAUCCGAAAACAGAAUUACAGACAGGGCAUAACUUCGGUAUCUUAACGCCUCCAAACAUAAUUGGCAAUAACAACGUCAUUAAACACGACUUCUCAGCUUCAGGUGGUAAUGAUAACAAGUUGCUCAUCAAUCAACAACAACAAGACCAUAACCCGGAAAUCCAAAUUCAGUCAACCACUGCACACAACAUGGCUCCAAACAACGGUGAUCCUAACUACGUCUGGCGCGACAUCAGUCCAGGUCUGGAAGUCUCCAGCAAUGCCCCUCAGGCCGCUGGAGGGUUACACAGAAAUUCUGUUGCAGCACGAAAACCUGAAACAACGUCCGGCCAUUUCGAUAACAGUAAAGUCGGUGGCCAAAGCCACAUAGCAUAUUUUCAAGUUCCUAAUUUUGACCAUGCCAAUGCUCUGGGACACAGUACCAACUUCGGUUACAGAGACGCCGUAUUGUACACUCCUACACAGUUUCACGCAAAUCAAGAACAAUUGUUGACUAUUCCCCAAGGUCAUUCAGCUGGUGUGCUUGAACAGGAGAAUCAGUACCAAAAUAGCAGGCAUCAACUUCAAAACUCAGUGUCAGUGAAUGAAAAUACCGGUGAUGUAUUCACAGGGACAAAUAACAGUCCAGGUUUUACUGGGCACAAACAGGAUAUUUCUGGUGGCCAACAUCACCAACAGCAUCCUGAGAUUCAAUCAACAUUACAACAAACUAAUUAUGGAUUUGAUGUUUCCAGUCAUAAAGUUCCUCUAACACUCAACAAAGGACUUCAAAGAAUUUCAGGGCCUCUGGUACUCGGAAAUGGAUUACAUCUUGGUUAUGCAACAAGAAACACUGGACAUCACAACAUCAUUCUUCCUAUGCAAGACAUAGUGAACGCUGGUAACAAUGGAAUUCCAUUACAGGCUUACUACGUGCCUCUGGUAGGUCUUCAAAGCGGUCAAGUAGAGAAUCACCAAACUCAAGCGGGAAUCGUUGGAAGUCAGCACGCGGAAGACGUUCAACGGAAACAUCCACAAUUUGUCGACUCGCAUAUGGCCAAAAGUUUCAUCAACACAGCACCUCUGAUUUACGUAGGAAUGCCUAUGGGAAAUGGAUAUACAGGGUUCAGAGGACUGCCUUUAAUCCAGGGAAAUUUGCUUGGGAUUCAAGGAUUGCACGGUGUGGUAGGAGGAUCUCAUCAUGUUGGAGGAAUGUUUCCUGGAGGUAAUUAUAUUUCCUUACCUGACGGAGGACUAGCAUUCAAUAAUCAAAAUCACCCUGAGCAUAAAACCUACAAACCAACUCAAGAAUCUACAAUGCAAGCCACUGGCCAGCACCAUAAUACUUUUCAAACACAGUCAAACCAAUAUGUUCCCAUGUCAACAGGGAAUAAUAUAAUUAGCUUCGAAAACACUGUCCCAUAUCAGCACCAGCAAGCGAACAACCAAAUCAAUCAGGCAGUGAGACCACAAAUAAAUGUCCAUCCAAAUGGUUUUGCACUCAAAAUUCAGCAGCAACAUCCAAUUUCACAACAUAACUUUAAUUCUGGAGGAUAUAAGAAGUCGCCUUUCGGAGGGAAUCGUAUUCAACAGCAACCAUCAAAUUUUCCUGCACACGACUUUGUUCUUGGUGAACCAAAAAUUGUAACCCGAGGCCAUCAAGCGUUUUCCCUCCCUCCAAUCUCGACUGCCAACGGUCAGCAUUCCGGAUUCAAAUUGAACCUUCCUCCAGCAACUCCCCUUAAAUAUCCUCCCUUAAAUAUUCCGCAAGAGACACCACAGUCACACUUAACAGUGAAGAGGGAUGAAAAUAUAAGUAAGCAGCCAGCUGCAACCAAUAUAGAGACACAGCUCAGGGACAAGAAUGCGCACGGGUGGCAUCUCGCUUCGAAGCCAGGGAAACCCACAGGUUUAUUAAGUAAUUCUCUCUUCCCCAUAAAUAUGCCUCAUGUUAUAGGUCUGAGACCUCCAACCCCAAACACAAAUCCUAGUUUCAUAAAAUAAUAUUUUUUUUCAGUAUAGACAACAUUGGCCAUUAAAAAUUUAUGAUGACCUUAAAAAAUACUGGAUUGCUUACAGAAAUGUUAUCAAGUU